AUGAAUCAGAAAAAGAAAAAAAAUAUUAAGACAAAAGGAACGAUCAAUUCAAGAGUCUUUGACGAUAUUGAAUAUACUCAACAACUGUUGAGUAUAUUAGCGAUUUGGCCGCUAGUUUCAAAAUCAUCCACCAUAAAAAAAAUAAUUUCGGUCAUUCAUCUUUUAGUAAUAAUCAGCAGUUUAAUAUGGAAUAUUCUUUUUCGGUGUAUAUUCAUAUACAUUUAUGUGAAAAAAUUUGAUGAUCAAAUAAUGCUAAUCGGGCCUACUUUUUUCCGAGUGAUAAUUUUACUUAAAUAUUUGGCUAUUAUAUACCAUCGUCGAACGAUAAAAAAAAUAAUAGAACACAUACAAACUGAUUGGAAUAACGUGGAAUGCCAAGAGCAACAAAAUAUUAUGAUGAAAAAUGUACAAAUUAAUAGACAAGUAACUCUGGUUUUUGCAUUCCUCAUGUAUGUAAGUGGAGCCUUUUAUAACUUUGUGAUGCCCCAUAUAAUACCGCUAUUGACUCAUCGUGGUUCACGGAAUGCAACUCAACGAUUAACCAUUUUUCCUGGUUACAAUGUGCUUUUUGAUGUACAAAAGUCACCGAUCUACGAAAUAACAUUUUUUUUCCAUAUAUUCAGUGUAUUUGCUGGUUUUUCGGUCCUUAUUUGCGCCUGUAAUCUUGCAAUUGUUCUGGUAACUCAUGCCUGCGGACAAAUUCAAAUAAUAAUUAGUCAGCUAAAUUCCGUGAUUGAUAAUUUUAUGAAAGACGAAAACACUGUAUUUAUUGAAUUCGCAUCGUUAAUCCGACGUCACGUAAGAGUUAUAAAAUUUUCAAACAAUAUUAUUAAAGAUGCUCUUUACGAAAUUUGUCUUGUGGAGAUUGGUGCAUCGUCAAUACUCAUAUGCAUAGUCGAGUUUCUUUUUCUUAAGAUGAUAGAAAAUAAAAAUUACGCAAACAUGGUACCAUAUGCUAUGCUUUUGGCAAGUUUAGUUGCGAGUAUACUUAUACUUUGUUAUUUUAGUGAACUUCUUGAGAGUCAGUUCAUCGAAGCUGGAAUGCAAGCAUAUUUGAUUGAUUGGCAUCAACUACCACCAAAAGCGAGAACAUAUUUGAUUUCGAUUAUUAUCAUAUCUCAACGCUCAUAUAAAAUAACUGCUGGCGGGAUAAUUGAUCUAUCGUAUGUUGCUUUUGUGCAGAUUCUUAAAACAGGCUUCGCCUAUUUGCAACUUCUGAGAGCGACA